AUGUCAAAUAAUACCGAUCGAAAUAAAAGGAUUAAAUUACAUAAGAAAACGUGCAAUAGUUGCAAAUGCCCUCGAGAAUCUCAUGAUGUUUACCACAAAGAAUGGGUUAACGUACGAAAUAGAUUGGGUUUUGAUUCGCCCAUGGAUUCGGCCAAGGUGGAUAGUAAAGAAAAAAGCUUUAGAGAAGGUUACGCGUGGGUCCCAUCAGGUUUACCCUCACACAAGAUCUCAGAAUAUUUUCAACAAAUUCCGUCGUCAAAAGUGCCUCGUCUCGGUUCACCCGGUGAAAAAUAUAGAGACAAGCAAUUGAUACUUCAACUACCCAAACAAGAUUUGGCUCUUGCUUAUUGUAAACAUAUCGAAAACAGUCAGCAAUCUUGCUAUGAAGAUUUUAUAAAUGCGAGAAACGAAAUAGCUUUGGAUAUCGGAUACGAAUGUCCUACGUGUCAUCAUUUUAUUAAACCCGGAGAUUUAGGAGUUGUCGCUCCAAAAUUUGGAGAAGAUGUUGUUUGGCAUCCCGGAUGUUUCGUAUGCAGCGAAUGUAACGAAAUUUUAGUGGAUUUGACGUAUUGCGUUCACGACAAUUUAUUAUACUGCGAAAGACAUUACGCGGAACAACUCAAACCGAGAUGUGCCGGUUGCGACGAGGACGGAAAAUAUCUGUCAACAGAAUUGAUUAAACGCUUACGGGAAAAAUUUGAUUCCAAAAAUCUUUUUGCUCCGGUUCAUAAAAGUUUAACAGAUUUUUUUUUUUCUUUUAAUCUUCUUCUUUUUUUUGUCAAACCGUUUUGGAUGUUCGAUGUCAAAAGUUGA